AUGGAGACUGCCCCUCGUACGGAAACCGACGCCUUUGGCGAGAUCCAGCAAUGGAGCAACUGGCCUAAUACGUUCUAUCUCAGGUUCCUGGAGACAAGUACUGGGGAGCCCAGACUCAAAGGUGCGCAGACAGAGGCUCCUCCUGGAGCUGGUACAAGAAACUGGACGGAGAAUGCUGAUACAGGCUCCAGAUCCCUUGGGAACUUUGAUAUCGGGCAGCCCCAGGACCGCAUGCCUACUCCGAUUGUGCGUGCCCUUGGUAUCCUCAAGGGUGCCGCUGCAACCGUCAACAUGAAGUUCGGACUCGACCCUACCAUUGGCAAGGCGAUCCAGCAGGCCGCCGCUGAGGUUGCCGACCUCAAGCUGGUUGACCAUUUCCCUCUUGUUGUCUGGCAGACCGGCUCUGGCACCCAGUCCAACAUGAACGCCAACGAGGUCAUCUCCAACCGUGCAAUUGAGAUCCUGGGCGGAACCAUGGGCAGCAAGAAGCCUGUCCACCCCAACGACCAUGUCAACAUGUCCGCCUCGUCCAACGAUACCUUCCCUACCGUUAUGCACAUUGCCGCCGUUCUGGAGAUCGAGGAUUCUCUUCUUCCAGCCCUGACCAGCCUGAAGGACGCCCUGCAGAAGAAGGUAGACCAGUUCAACGACAUCAUCAAGAUCGGCCGAACCCAUUUGCAGGACGCCACUCCUCUCACCCUCGGCCAGGAGCUCUCCGGCUACGUAUCCCAGCUCGAGCGCAAUAUCACUCGCGUUGAGAAUGCCCUGCCAGACCUCCGAUUGCUGGCUCAGGGAGGUACCGCUGUCGGAACCGGCAUCAACACCUUCAAGGGCUUCGACGAGGCCAUUGCCGAGGAAGUCAGCAAGAUGACCGGCAAGCAAUUCAAGACCUCACCAAACAAGUUUGAAGUGCUUGCCGCUCACGAUGCUGUCGUUGAGGCUUCCGGAGCUCUCAACACCCUCGCUGCCUCUCUCUUCAAGAUCGCGCAAGACAUCCGUUUCCUCGGUUCCGGCCCUCGCUGCGGUCUUGGUGAGCUCCAGCUCCCCGAAAACGAGCCCGGUUCCUCUAUCAUGCCUGGAAAGGUCAACCCUACCCAGUGUGAAUCUCUCACCAUGAUCUGCGCCCAGGUUAUGGGCAACCAUGUUGCCACUACCGUUUCUGGAAUGAACGGCAACUUUGAGCUCAACGUCUUCAAGCCGGUCAUGAUCCGCAACCUGCUUCACAGCGUCCGCAUCUUGAGCGACGGAAUGAGGUCGUUUGAGAAGAACCUUGUCGUUGGCCUCGAGGCUGACCGUAAGAGAAUCGAAUCCAUUCUCCACGAGAGUCUUAUGCUUGUCACUUGCCUCAACCCCGUUAUUGGAUACGACAUGGCCUCCAAGGUUGCAAAGAAUGCUCACAAGAAGGGCCUCACUCUCAAGCAGAGUGCCAUGGAGCUCAAGGCUCUUAGCGAGGAGGAUUUCGACAAGCACGUUCGUCCAGAGUUGAUGAUUAGCCCCAAGGAGCGCAAGUAG